UUGUAAGAUUCAACUUCGCAUACAAUGGCUUUGAAUAAAAUAUUAUUAUUACUUUUAGUAGCAUAUUGUAUGGUCUUAUUUCAAGAAUCGAGAGUCGAUUCCAAACCUAUUGGAUCUAAAUUACGAGAAAAGCGUGGAUUUCUUGAUCUAUUCUUCCCACCCAUCCAGGAGAUAGUGGUUGAACACCACGUGCCGUACUAUCCGCCUGAUUAUGUGAUCGAAGAACACUUUUUGUGUUGUAAUGANCUCUGGAGGUAUGCCAACGAAGACUACAAGUUAGGCGACACCGGGAUUACUAUCAAAAAGGGUCAACGCAUCGAAAUACCCAAUCAUGGGAUCCAUCACUUGGAGGAGUACUUCCCGAACCCAAAGACCUUUAGUCCCGAAAGAUUUUUGCCCGAAAAUAGACAUAAAAUAGUUCCGUAUAGUUAUACACCUUUUGGUGGGGGUCCCCGACAUUGCGUGGGAAUGAGGUUCGCGUUAAUGGAGGCUAAGCUGGGAUUAGCACAUAUUAUGAAGAAUUAUAAAUUUAUCACAACAACUAAUACAGAUAUCCCGGUGGCGUUGCCCAGGAAUUCCAUAAUACACGCCCCCCUUAGGGUCAUCGUAGGCAUACAGAAGCGAUAA